AUGAGCAACAACAACGACAUUGCCGCGGAGCAAAAGACCGAGGAGUCCAACUCCGAAUCGACACAAAACGUCGAGUCCAGCCCGCCGGAGGCGUUAGACCAAGUCACGCCGCGCAAUGCCUCCCUUCAAGAGAAAUCUGAGCCUCAAGAGCGGGCCGUAACAGGUUUCCGCUGGUUCUUAGUCUGCCUGUCCAUCUUCUCGGCGAACCUGCUCUUCGGCCUCGACAACACUAUCGCCGCGGACAUCCAGGGCGCCGUGGCCGAGACGUACCAAAACACGGGGCAGCUGGGGUGGCUGGGCGUGGGGUUCACGCUGGGCUCGGCCGCGGGUAUCCUGCCCAUCGGCAAGUCGUACGCCAUCUUCGACAAUAGAUGGGUGUUUAUCGCGUGUCUGGUGAACUUCGCUGCUGCUAGCGCGCUGUGUGGCGCGGCGCCUAGUAUGAAUGCUAUGAUUGUCGGGAGAGUCUGGGCCGGCUUCGGGGGGUCCGGGAUGUAUCUGGGUACGCUAAACAUCUCGACGGCUCUUGUGCUCCCGAAGGAACAGCCUGUUUAUGUGGCGGGCACGGGGUUUAUUUACGGCGCGGGAGCUAUUCUUGGACCGGUGGUUGGAGGUCUACUUGCUGAUAGUCCGGCGACGUGGAGAUGGGCUUUCUACCUUAACCUCGUCAUCUUCGGCGCCAUGUCGCCCAUCUACUUGUUCCUGGUCCCCUCUGUUCCGCGUCGGCCGGAGAUGUCGUUCCUUGAGAAGGCAAAGCUAAUGGACUGGCUUGGCAUCCUGCUUAACUCGGCCAUGUACUCCUGCUUCACAGUAGCGUUCCUUUUCGGCGGCGUCGAGUGGGCCUGGAACGACGGGCGGACUAUAACUCUGAUCGUGCUAGCUUUCGUCCUGCUUAUCGCCUUCGUGCUUACGCAGAAGUUCGCUAUCCUAACCGACAAGGUCAACAGGCUGUUCCCGUGCAGCUUUUUGCGGAAUCCGCAGCUCGUGCUUAUGUAUAUCCUUAUGUUCUGCAGCGGUCUGAGCUUGUUUGUUGCGGUUUACUAUAUUCCGUUUUACUACCUCUUCGCACGCGGUGAGAGUGGCACUCAAGCUGCUGUCCGCUUGUUGCCUUAUAUCUGCUUCUACGUCGCAGCUAUCUUGAUCUGUGGUGCCGUUAUGGGUCGCGUUGGGUACCAUAUCGUGUGGUUCUUGCUCUCGGGGCUGUUCCUUACAGCCGGUUCAGCAGCCAUGUACACCGUAGAUCCUUACACGUCAAACGCGAAGAUCAUAGGGUUUUCAAUCCUUCUAGCAGUUGGGAUGACAGCAUCUCAAGCGCCAUAUGCCAUCGGCCACUUGCUCGUAGAACCGGAACUUGCAGCAGACUUAAUCCAAUAUAUCAACAUCUCGCAAGGCUCGUCACAACUAGUUGGCUUGGUUAUUGCGAGCGCCAUCUUUCAAGCAGAGGCGUUCUCUGGAAUUCGUGCGGUCUUACCAGCGGACCGCUACACCGACGCAGAUAUCCAAGCGGCGGUUGCGGGCGCACGAAGUGAGGUGCUAACGCAAGCGUCACCUGAGAUUCGCGCAGCUGCUAUUGCUGUCAUCGUUGAGGCCAUCGACAAGAUUUGGAUCUUGGUCAUAGUUACUUCCGCUAUAUUUACGAUAUGCUCGUUGUUCCUAACGCGCGAACGUUUCGUCAAGCCCAAGGGGCGACACGGCGAGGACAGCGGACCUGCGAUGAUGAUCUUCUAA